AUGAGACCCCAUAUCCCCAAUACUCUCGUCCCUCUCCUCGCCGCCGUCAUCUUCUUCCCCUCCGUCGCCACCCCUUCCCACACACUCCUCCGUUCCUCCUGCAUCUCCGCCCGCCAUCCCGACCUCUGCUUCUCCUCCAUCUCCGCCUCCCCCUCCCUUCUCCAGUCCAUCUCCUCCCCCAAAGACGUCAUCCGCGCCUCCCUCAACCUCACCCUCGCCGCCGUCCACCGCUCCAUCGCCGGCGCUAAAAUCAUUUCCGCCCUCCCAAAUCUCACCCCCCGCGAGCAUGCCGCCGUUCAAGACUGCCUCGAGAUGUUCGACGAAACGCUCGACGAGCUCCGCCGUGCCGACUCCGAUCUCCGUUCUUACGCUCCCGGUCAUUCAAACGCUAAAUCUCUUUCCCGACUUGCCGCUGACCUUAAGAUCAUGAUUAGCGCGGCCAUUACUAACCAAGAGUCCUGCGCCGACGGCUUCUCGCACGCCAGCGACGACCGCCGUCUUCGCGGGGCAAUCCUCAAAGGGCUCACACACAUCGAGCAUUUGUGCCAAAAUGCUCUCGCCAUGAUCAAGAACAUGACCGACGGCGACAUCGCUGCUGCGGCGACGGCGGAUCCCCGGAAGUUAGCUGACCGUCACGCCGGACGUUUCCCGGCGUGGAUUAAGGCCGGUGACCGUCGACUUCUUCAGUCCACUGCUGUGACGGCGGAUGUCACGGUGGCGGCCGACGGAAGCGGGAAUUUCAGCACCAUUGCGGAGGCGGUGGCGGCGGCGCCGGCGAAGAGCAGCCGGAGAUAUGUGAUCAGGAUAAAAGCAGGGGUUUAUGAGGAAAUCGUGGAGGUGCCGAAGAAGAAGACGAACAUAAUGUUUGUCGGAGAUGGGAGGACGAAGACGGUGAUCACCGGAAGCCGGAAUGUCGUCGAUGGAUGGACUACUUUCCGAUCCGCCACCUUAGCUGCAGUGGGCGCGCAUUUCCUCGCCCGCGACCUCCGCAUCCAGAACACCGCGGGCCCUUCAAAGCACCAAGCCGUCGCACUCCGCGUCGGCUCCGAUCUCUCCGCCUUCUUCGACUGCGACAUCAUCGGCCACCAGGACACCCUCUACGUCCACUCCCUCCGCCAAUUCUUCCGCCGCUGCCUCAUCCAAGGGACCGUCGACUUCAUCUUCGGCAACUCCGCCGCCGUCUUCCAAGACUGCGACAUCCGCGCCCGCCGCCCCUCCCCCGGCCAAAAGAACAUGAUCACCGCUCAGGGCCGCUCCGAUCCCGACGAACCCACCGGCAUCGUCCUCCACUCCUGCCGCAUCGACGCCGCAGACGAUCUCGCAACGGCCAACAAUUCUUCCUUCGCCACCUAUUUGGGCCGGCCGUGGAAGGAGUUCUCGAGGACGGUGGUGAUGCGAUCGGAGAUCGGGGGUUUGGUUCGGCCGGAAGGGUGGCAUGAGUGGAAUCUGGAUUUUGGGCUGGACACGCUGUUUUACGGGGAGUACGAGAACAGGGGGCCGGGUGCGGGGACGGCAGGUAGGGUUAAGUGGAAGGGGUAUAGGGUGAUUGUGGAUGCGGCGGAGGCGGAGGAGUUUACGGCGGGGAAGUUUAUUGAAGGGUCUGAUUGGUUGGGGGAGACGGGAUUUCCGUUUUCGUUGGGCCUCUGA